AUGCGUGAGAUCGUGCACAUUCAGGCGGGCCAGUGCGGCAACCAGAUCGGCGCCAAGUUUUGGGAGGUCAUCAGUGAUGAGCACGGUAUCGACCCCACUGGCAGUUAUCAUGGCGACAGUGACUUGCAGUUGGAGAGAAUCAAUGUCUACUACAAUGAAGCCACUGGUAGCGCAGGUAACAAAUAUGUGCCACGGGCCAUCCUGGUGGAUCUGGAGCCUGGCACGAUGGACUCAGUCAGGUCAGGGCCAUUUGGCCAGAUCUUCAGGCCCGACAACUUCGUGUUCGGCCAGAGUGGUGCUGGCAAUAACUGGGCAAAGGGCCACUACACAGAGGGAGCAGAACUGGUGGACUCGGUGCUGGAUGUGGUGAGGAAGGAAUCUGAGAGCUGUGACUGUCUCCAGGGCUUCCAGCUGACCCACUCACUGGGGGGCGGUACAGGGUCCGGGAUGGGCACGCUGCUCAUCAGCAAGAUCAGGGAGGAGUAUCCCGACCGCAUCAUGAACACCUUCAGUGUCAUGCCCUCUCCCAAGGUGUCAGACACCGUGGUUGAGCCCUACAACGCCACUCUGUCUGUCCACCAACUGGUGGAGAACACAGAUGAAACCUACUGCAUUGACAAUGAGGCCCUGUACGACAUUUGCUUCCGUACCCUGAAACUGACCACCCCCACGUACGGGGAUCUCAACCACCUGGUGUCAGCCACCAUGAGCGGGGUCACCACCUGCCUGCGUUUCCCAGGCCAGCUGAAUGCAGACCUCCGCAAAUUGGCAGUGAACAUGGUGCCCUUCCCCCGGCUGCACUUCUUCAUGCCCGGCUUUGCCCCCCUGACCAGCCGGGGUAGCCAGCAGUACCGGGCCCUGACAGUGCCCGAGCUCACCCAGCAGAUGUUCGACUCCAAGAACAUGAUGGCCGCCUGUGACCCCCGCCAUGGCCGCUACCUCACUGUGGCUGCCAUCUUCCGGGGCCGCAUGUCCAUGAAGGAGGUGGAUGAACAGAUGCUCAAUGUGCAGAACAAGAACAGCAGCUACUUCGUGGAAUGGAUCCCCAACAACGUGAAGACGGCUGUGUGUGACAUCCCACCCCGUGGCCUCAAGAUGUCAGCCACCUUCAUUGGCAACAGCACAGCCAUCCAGGAGCUGUUCAAGCGUAUCUCUGAGCAGUUCACGGCCAUGUUCCGGCGCAAGGCUUUCCUGCACUGGUACACGGGUGAGGGCAUGGAUGAGAUGGAGUUCACUGAGGCUGAGAGCAACAUGAAUGACCUGGUGUCUGAGUACCAGCAGUACCAGGAUGCCACAGCUGAUGAGCAAGGGGAGUUCGAGGAGGAGGAAGGCGAGGAUGAGGCUUAA